AUGGCUGACGACCUAUUCUGCGUCAACGGGCGGCAGCUCCCGCACCUUCUGCUGCUCGGCGGCCAAAUGUGCGGCACCACGAGCUUCUCGUUCCAGAUGCAAGAGGAGUGGAGGAUCAAACCAUCGUUGACCAGCCACAAGGCGGUGCACUAUUUUGAUCAGGCGGGCGCCAACUCCAUCGAGGAGUACGCUGAGCACUUCCCGGAGUGCGGACCGGAUGUCCUCACCUUUGACGGCACUCCCUAUGUGACGUCGUCAUUCAUUGAGCGCAACGUGCGGCAAAUCAAGGAGGCGUACGGGCCGGCGCGGCUCAACAGAACAACGUUUGCACUCCUGCUGUGCGACUCCGCGCAACGCGCCCAAUCCUACACAUACCACAUGGGCACGGGUGACUUCCGCAGCGCUGCAGCUGGCGAGCUCGGCGCAGACCUAGCCUUCACGGGCGGGCUGUACGGCGCGCAGGCCGACCUGAUUGCGCGCGAGUUGAGUCAGCUCGCCGUCAUUCCGUCGGCCGUCUACUACGAGAAUGCGACGCUCGCCAUCGGCGAGCUGCUCGAGCUCGUGAGCAGGCGCUCGGGGCGGCCGCUGCCGCCAAGCGACGCGAGCCAGCAUCAGGAGCGGGCGGCCACGAGAAACACCGCUGAGGGCCACGCCGAGGACGAUGCCGCCAAGGCGCACCCGCCGCUGGUUGAUGACAUCAACCCGAGUGGCAUGCCUCGGCUGGCGGACUUUUUCCGCGCGUCCAACAAUCGGAUCUACGCUCUUGCCGCCGGUGUCGAUCCGCGGGUGACGCUGCUGCCCUCUCGAGACAAGUGGCCGGUGGGAGUGCCAUCGCACUGGCUCGAGACGUCGCCCGUCCUCGCCCCCUACGUCCGGGAGUGGAUGCCUCCGCCUCCGCCGCUGCCACCCUCGGCGCCUGACCUCUUCUGUGUCAACGGGCGGCGGAUCCCUCACCUAUUGUUGCUCGGGUCUCAAAAGUGCGGCACCACUAGCUUUUCCGACCAGCUCCGCAUCGAAUGGGCGAUCAGCUCGGCCACGACGACGACCAAGGAGGUGCACUACUUUGACAAGCAGGACGGGAGCGCCGUCUCGCUCGAAGGCUACGCGGAGAACUUCCCGCCGUGCGGGCCGGACGUCCUCACCUUCGACGCCACACCCAACUACCUCUCAAAUCCCUACAAGAUGAACGCGAGCCAGCAUCAGGAGCGGGCGGCCACGAGAAACACCGCUGAGGGCCACGCCGAGGACGAUGCCGCCAAGGCGCACCCGCCGCUGGUUGAUGACAUCAACCCGAGUGACAUGCCUCGGCUGGCGGACUUUUUCCGCGCGUCCAACAAUCGGAUCUACGCUCUUGCCGCCGGUGUCGAUCCGCGGGUGACGCUGCUGCCCUCUCGAGACAAGUGGCCGGCGGGGGUGCCAUCGCACUGGCUCGAGACGUCUGAGGUCCUAAGCCCAUUCGUCGUAUCCAUUCCACCUGCCCCUGUGCUUCGCGGCUCGGACGCCACAUUCCACCCCGGUCACGACUACGAGACGACCUCGGCAGCGGCCGCUGCAAUGGCCGCAGCCGAGGCGGCAGAGGCGGAAAUAGAGGCGGCAGAUUUGGAAGGGAGGGAGGGUGUUCUUCAUGUGGUGCCGACGCCCGCCCACACGACGACUUCGGCCGAGGCCACGGUUAGGGCAGCAGCCAUGGCUGUGGAGGCGGAGGUAGAAGCGGCAGCCGCGGCCGCUGCCGGCGCGGGGGCUGCCCCAGCCGCACGCCCAACGCAUGCAGCGGCCAACGCGGCGGCUGUGGCAAGAAGCAGCCUCGGGAUGGCGCAGCCGCUGACAUACAGGGAUGCUGCAAUCAACCCGUUUGUGCAAUGGGCAACUGACCCCGUUGGUGCGGCGCCGGCAAUGGAGCUGCCGUCAGAGGAGAUGACGGCGACAAACGAGUCGCAGACGACGACGAUUUCCUUCCGGAGGCCUCCGCCUCCCUCGCCGGUGUCGUUAUCCUUUCGGCCGCCGUCGCCCGCGCCGUUCCUCGACGCGAACGUCACCGACGGGGAGAAUCCAUAG